AUGUCCUUCUUACUGGAAAUACCUCUGGAGAUCAGACUGGUGGUCUUCCGCUGGGUUAUUUGCUCCCUGAAUAUGCCUCCCUCGGGUCCCUUAGAAAACCGAGCAGACCGAAAGAUACUGCAAGAUACUGAGGCGGAUGGCAAGUGCACUUAUGUUGGAGUUUGGUAUCUCGUGCCAACCAAUCCUGCUCUCACUCUCCUCCUAGUCAAUAGGCAGAUUCACAAUGAAGUCAAGGGACUCCUCCCUAGCUUGUCUACAGACUGUCACGUCGACGUCAUGUACGUCAAAGAGUCUGGGGCUUGGCCUACCUGGUCCAUCGCCGCUCUGCCCCAGACACGGUACACGGGCUCUCUUUACGCUACAGUCAGAACAUUUGACCCUCCUGAUAUAUUGGAGAACAUGUAUCGCCACAGAGUUAUAGUGGAUGGUGAACAUCGAUCCUCGACUGUCCUACACUGGUCAUUCUACUGGAUACUUGCGAAAUUUCUCGACUACGGACCCGGCCUUCUACGUCCCAGCCCUUCUGAACACAGCCGGCCCACAACAUCUUCACGAUAUGUUGUCAACGAAGUCAUCAUUGAUGUCGUGGCACCUAGUGGUGGAUCGGGCCACAAGAGCAUACUGGUCGACGAUAGGCGUUAUGAGGCGACAAAGAAGGAACUAGAAAGGUUUCCAAUCCACGACAAUGCCUCGCUACCGAUCGAAGAGCGUCUGGCAAUAUAUUUAUCUGGCUAUCUGGACAGAAUUCUGUCCUUUGACAUCAAUAUGGUGGAGAGGGGCCUAAUCCUCUACGAGCAAGUGAUAGAUAGAGUCACUGUGGCAGUGAAUGGGAAAGAGUUCAGAGUGUUUGAACUCGAGGCUCGUCUAAGGAAGGAGGAAGCCCGUUGGAGAAAGGAGAUACCGGACUCCAACGAGAAGAUGAAAUCGUUCCUGGAGAAAUGGACACAGUGGGUGGAUGAAAGACGGCAGAAAAUGAGAGAAGGAUCCGAGAUUGAUGAUGCCGACAAGCCCGUUUCCCCCCUUCCCUCAUUCUAG